UUAAAUUCCAGUCGGGAGAGAAAUAUCUGCUCCACACGGUGAGGACAUACUUUACCGAAACAAUCUUGUCGGCUUCAAAAGAGGAAAGAUUCAGCUUCACACUUUGUGUUUUAAUUCACACUUAACAACUGAAACAUUAACGAGAGCGAGACAUUUUGGAUCCGAUUGUUAGCCUAAUGGCUCGGCCGAGAAAGAAAAGCACUCCGGGGUGUUUAGCAUGAGGCUCUGUAGAGGGAAACGACUGGAAGACAACAGGGAAAACUACAAUAAUAAUAAUUAUAACAAAAAGAAGAAGCAGAGGACAAGGAAGGAGAAGGACAGAGCUGUCCGGUGACAUUUAAAAGAAGAAGAAGAAGAAGAAGAUGAAGAUGAUGAUGAUGAUGCUGGAGGUCUGCUGCCUGCUGCUGCUACUGAGUGGAAGCUCACACUGCAGAGAGUCUAAGCAGACAGAACAUCUCUCCUCCUAUCAUCUGACUGUCCCUCGACCAAUAGGAGGCAGGCUGAGGCGGGACCUGGAUGGAAAACCCCCCAUUCAGGUCUCUUAUGUCAUCGGUGUAGAAGGAAAGGAUCAUGUUGUUCAUCUGGAGAGAAAUGAACUGCUGCUCCCUGCAGACUUCACUGUAGUCUCCUACAGUCAGAACGGAUCACUCGUCACAUCCAGACCUCCUGUACAGGACCACUGUCACUAUCAGGGCUUCAUUCAGGACAUGGAGGGUUCUUCUGUUGCUAUGAGCAUCUGCAACGGCCUCAGAGGAGUAUUGCAUCUCACAGACGACAGUUACGGCAUCGAGCCUUCAGACUCCGCCCCCAACCAGCACCUGGUGUACCGCCUGCAGGAUGUGACAUCACAGCCCCGGGGGUGUGGCACGCCACACUAUGAUGAGCGUGACCAUGACAACAACGCCACGGAGCACGCUCAGUACAAAUCAGAGGAAAUCUACCACAGACGUCACAGCAGGAUGAAGCGAGCUGUUCUCCAUCGAACUCGCUACGUGGAGCUGCUGCUGGUGGUUGAUAACGACAGGUAUAAUUAUAUGAACAAGAACGAGACAGCAGUGAGGGACGAGAUGGUUCAUCUGGCCAACUUUAUAGACAGCAUCUACAAACAGCUGAACAUUCGGGUGGUCCUGGUUGGUCUGGAGAUCUGGACUCAGCAGAACCUGAUCAGCACGGAGGGAGCAGCCGGAGAGGUGCUGAGUCGCUUCACUCAGUGGAGAGAGAAGGAUCUGGUCCCCCGCCGCCGACAUGACUCAGCACAACUCAUCUUGAAGAAGAAUUUCGGGGGAACGGCAGGAAUGGCCUUCGUCUCCACCGUCUGUUCCAGGAGCCACGGGGGCGGGAUCAACGCGUUCAUCAAUAACAACGUUCCCUCGUUCGCCUCCAUCGUGGCUCAUGAACUUGGUCACAACCUGGGGAUGAACCACGACGACGGGCGCUCCUGUACCUGCCCCGGUUCUGCCUGCAUCAUGAACUCUGGAGCCACAGGAUCCAGAAACUUCAGCAGCUGUAGUGCUGUUGACUUUGAGAAGAUGAUCUUGUUGACGGGGGGAACUUGUCUCCUAAACGUUCCCCGGCCUGACGAGGCCUACAGUGCCCCCUUUUGUGGAAACAGACUGGUGGACAUGGGAGAGGAGUGCGAUUGUGGGUCCCAGAAGGAGUGUGAGGAGGACCCCUGCUGUGAGUAUCAGACCUGUAAACUGAAGUCUGGAGCUCAGUGUGCUUAUGGAGAGUGCUGCUACAACUGUCAGUACCUAGCAGGUGGAACUGUGUGUCGGUCCAGCACAGAUGAGUGUGAUCUCCCUGAGUACUGUAACGGCUCCUCGUCCCUCUGUCAGAGCGACGUCUUCGUCCAGAACGGGCAGCCGUGCAGGAAGCAGCAGGCCUACUGUUACAACGGGAAGUGUCAGCACUACGACAGACAAUGUCAGGCCAUAUUUGGAUCCAAGGCAAAGGCAGCUCCUGAUAUCUGUUUUAAAGAUGUCAACAGUAAAGGAGAUCGCUUCGGCAACUGUGGCUACCACAACUACGGCUACAAGAAGUGUGAGAGCAGAAACGCUCUGUGUGGGAAGCUGCAGUGCUCCAACGUUCAGGUGGUGACGGUGUUCGGCAUCGAGCCGUCGAUCAUCAGCACGCCAAUCGGGAUCGGAGGAGCCAAAUGUUACGGAGUCGACUUCAUGUUGGGAUCAGACGUCCCCGAUCCAGGCAUGGUGAACGAGGGGAGCAAGUGUGGAGACAACAAGGUCUGCAUGAACUUUGAGUGUCGCAGCGCCGAUAUCCUGAACUACGACUGUGACGUGGAGAAGAAGUGUCACGGACACGGGGCGUGUAACAGUAACAGGAACUGUCACUGUGACAACGGCUGGGCUGCACCUUCCUGUGAGGUCAAAGGUUACGGAGGCAGCGUGGACAGCGGACCCACCUGGAAUGAUAAAGACACGUCCGUCAGAGAUGGUCUGCUCGUCUUCUUCUUCCUCGUCCUUCCUCUUCUCGCUCUGGGUGCCUUUGUUUUCCUGCGCAGGAACGAGCUGCUGCGACGACUCGGGCUGAUCCGCAGGAAGAGGUCACAGGGAUACCAGGCUGACGGCGCAGUAGCUUCUGCCAAUCCCAGCAGACCUCCUCCCAGAGCGCAGCCUCCAUCUGUUGCUGGGGGCAACGGCAACAACAUCGUCAGAGGCGGGCACCACGCUCAGCUACUGCCACCGCAGGAGGUGGUGGAGACCAGCAGGACAGCUCCCUCCUACGCUCUGAGGCCUCCUCCUCCUCCCCUAAAACCGAAACCUUCUGCUGCAUCUCAGCCUCUGGUGCCUCAAAGACCUGCCCCAGCUCCACCUGUUUAACCAGUCAGGGGGACCUGCCCACCACACCUGGGUGAACCCCCCCUCUUCUUCUCUCCCUCUUCAACCCACUCCCCACCGACUCAAAGCUGGUUACCUAGCAGACAGGAAAGGAAUCUGGAGCCAAGGUGGAAGACAGCCGGCUCUGGACUAAGAACUGGACCUAAACCUGGACCCAGUUAGACUGGAAUGGGAAUUUACCAGAGCAAACAGGAACGUACUGGGACUUGUUCUGAAGCAUCAACUGUUCUCUACAGACUUUCUUUCUUUCUUUCUUUUGUCACCAAACCAGCCAAUCAUAUCUCCAUCCACAGUUACCUGUGACAUCAACAAGCCAAUUACUAGAUACAUUUGUUAUUACCCAAUCAAAAUUGCAUUUGUCACCAUCACAAUAGUGCUCUGCUGUAGAGUACUGCAGGAAUGCACUUCUGGUUCUCUCGUCUCAGUCAAUAGUUUUGUUUUAUGGGUUUUUGGUUAGAUGUCUGAGAUGAUGUCUGCAGUUAACACAAGCUUAAGCGAUUUUAACAUUUUGUUCUACAAAUUAAAAUACAUCAGUAAAUACCUCCCUCUGAAUGUUGAAACUUUUACAUGUUAGCGAGUUAUUCAGACCAUCAGGUUAAAAGUGAGAAAUGUAUUGUAUUGUAAUUAAUACUCAUACAUGCUGCUCAGACUCAGAGCAAUCACAGUCCACGGCUCAUCUAUCCCUUCCUCAACUCUUGCGCUGUGUGCAGGCAGUCAGCCGAGACAACCACUAAGUUUAAUGCAAAUAAUGCACGAUGGCGUCAUUAAUAUGCAAAUGAGCGUAUGUCGGGCAGAGCAAGCAGGAGAGACUCUACUGCGCUAUCAGUGGGUCGCUUACAAAGGUAAACCCAUAAACUAGAAACAAGAAAAAGUUUAUAAAUUAAUUUAGUUAGUAAGCUGGCUUGCUAGCUCUUCUAUCUUAGUUAGUUAGUUAGCAACAGUAUAUUACCAUGCUAACACUAGUAACUUUAUACUUAGCUAGCCAGCUUGCUAAUAAACAUUUGCUUGCUAAGAGCAAACUUAAAAGGCCAUGAAGUAGUUCUAGUUACUGUAUUUACAGUGUGCCCCAAAUGUCACGCACUUAUGCUAGUACUAUAAAGUACUGACUAUUAUUAUUAAUAUCAGUAUUUUAGCAAGACAUUCAUCUAAUUUAUUUGACAUAAUUGUCAGUUUAUCCUUCACCAAGCCCCAUACCUGUUAAUUAGAUUUGCUGCCUUGAUGCUACAUUAAGCUUUGUAUUUUUUAGAAGGCUUAUAUACAGUUUAAAAUGAUAACUAGUGCCAGAUUUACCAUCAAAAAAUAAUUUUAAUUUAAACAAUGGGUCCUUGAUUUCAGACAGGAGCAGCUUCUCAAAUUUACCAGCGAUUGUGCUAUUAAAAAGGCAGCUUUCUAGCACCUAGCUAGCUAAUUAACAUGAACUCCAUCACUAUAUAUUUACUCUCCGCCAUUUUAUUUGAAUGUACCAAUUCUAAGUGUGAAAAUGUAACCACUAUAUAGCGCCCUCAUUGGAACAAAAAAAUAGUCUGUCUGAAUUUAAAUGUUUUUUAUUUUCAUUGUUUAAUUGUUUUUAUUAAUUUAACAAUAAGGUUUUAGCUAACGGUCAAUUGCGUGUACUGAGAAGUGCUUCACUGAUUGGCUGGUUUGAAGACGCAGAGGUCACUGGAGGCGGAGCUUGCUCCUCUUUCUUUCUGUUUUCUGUCUCUGAAUGAAAGCACUGGUACCGUCUGAUUGCACUUCCUCUCUGCUCAACACUGUCAUAGGAAUGUAACGCACCUCUGCUGCUUUGUGCGGGUGCGCUUGGUCUCCACCACCUUGUUCACUCGGCGCUCUCUCUCUCCAGAAUUGUAAAAUCACAGUAUGCAACACCAUCUGGGUGCAGAGCUCUUCCGGGUUUUACCUACUCUGAUCUGGAUCUAUGAGUUCAUGGAUGUUUGUGACUUUCUGCAGGGAAUGUACGCUCACCUCAUUUAGUUUUAUCACAAAGCAAGUCUCCCCUGAAACACUUCAACACUUUUAAAUCUGUUACCUGUGAUGUUUAGAAUCUUCAGUAAGUGAUUUAUUCAUUUUAGAUCCAAAACUAAACUGGGAAGGGCGGGAUUCAGAGAACAAGUCGUAGUUACAAAUCUGUCUGCUGUUUCAGCACUACGGACAGCGCCAUAGAUUUAUCAAUACACAGCACAGUUAGGUGGAGCCGUAGUCGAGGCAAUAGAUUCUAACUUGCUAAAACCUCAGUCUAUUAUAGUGAACUAUGAUAGUUCAUGCAAGUUUAUAAGUUAUCAUUGCACGUGUUAAGUAAAGUGAAGUACAUAUUGAUGCAUGCUUCAUUAUAUGGUUUCAUUGUUGGUGGUAAAUGAGGUGCUGCAUCAUAAGUGAUUAUUAUGUAAGACACCAACAUGCACACAAUGAAAAGGAAAAUGUGUCUGCUUUAGAAAUGGAAUCUUAUGAUAGUUGCAGGUGAUGGUACAUUAAGGCUGUGACGGUAUAUAGAUGACAUACAACAGCUCAUACACUGUUAAAUUGACUGAACAUCACAGAUUGAAAAUAGGUAACAGUGUUGAAGUGUCUUAAAGGUAGAAAUGAACUCACGGCUCACCACUGGAACACCUGCUUUAAAGUCCUGAAAGCGUCCAGACGUCCCCGCUGUCUUUAACACCAACGUCACCUGACUACAGAUGAACAUUUAAAAACAUUCAGGACGUUUUAGUUUCUCUCUUGUUGUGUGAACGUUCGUCGGCCCGCAUCACAGUCACUCAACACCGGAGGGUUCAUUUGUAUCAUUCAAACCAGGGAUUUUUACACCACCAGUAAACCAAAUGUUUCUGUUUCUGUCUGACCGGCUUCAUCUGCUGUUAACGAACUGUUAGCAUAUUUAUCCAGAUAAUGAACCUGGAUGCGUGACUGUGAGGAGAACAUCAUCUUGAUAUUUUUAUCUGCUUUGGUAUAUUUUUUUCAUUUGCUGUCUCGAGUGUUUUUGCACAGAAAUUGGUGUGAACAGGCUGAAGAUUUUAAAAAAUAGGGCUAAUACUGUGCCAUUUAAUCUUUUUCAUGCCAAAAAAAUAAAAUUAUAACCUAGGGCUGCCACUAAA